CUUCUCUCUCUUCCUCUGUCGUUAGGGCUGGUCUUCAUCUCCAUUUCCCCUCUCUAAGCUCAGCUUCCGCUUCAGAAUUCCAUCUCCAUUUCUCUUCCUUCAACCUCUCUACUCUUCAUGCUCUUUCUCUGCGGAUCCCUCUCUUUUCAAUGACUUUGUUCCCCUCCGCUUCUGCUUCUUCCUCUGCCUCCGCUCACCGUGGCAUCGGCUUGUCUAAUUCUUUACACUCCGAGGUUGCUCCCUGCUUGCCUUUGCCAUCGCUUCCGGUCUUCUUUGGCGCCUCCUACCCCCUGCUCCGCCUCUUCGAUGAACCGGACGGCAGCUAUGCUACUUCAGGGACUCAUCAUCUCGCUCAGUCUAACAACAUCGCUGAUCUGCUUCGUGCUACUGACGUGUCUUACUUGUGGUAAGACGCGGGAAGCGCAGUAAGUUCGUGGGCAAGCUUGGGUGCUUAGUCAUACGAAAGAUUCCGAAGAAGAUUUUAUCACCAACUUGAUAUCUUUAUUAGAGACAAAACAAGAAUUGACAAUUUGUCAGCCACACAUCCACACAUCGAAGUCUCGCAUGUGAAUUAUCAGUUUUUUACUUUGUAAAU